UUCAAUUCACCCGUAUCUCGAGGUGCGCGCUAAUCUACGUGUGCACGGGAUCAUCGGGUAGUCGGCAUGUGUAUACCCCGAUUUCCACCAUUCGCUGGAACAGUGCUCCGUACAGUACACUUUGUAUGAUGUAACCGUAAGCUCACCCCAUUCCUUAACUUACUCGUACGAAAGGAAGGACAAAUAAAUAUAUACAACUAUUACCCCACACCUGAACCCUCUAUAGCACUCCGUACACACAUUCACAAAUUGAGAGGUGAUCAUAUCAAGCAAUCAUGUCUGAGAAGGAUCCGCGAUCAGAAGACUCCAAGAAGCGGGACCUGAUCUCUCGUGGCGAUAAGACCUCGACGCCAGUUGGAAAGGCCGCGUUUGCGCUCCUUCGAGCACUCGAUCCAGUCUUCCAGUACUCGGUGUUGAAAUAUGGAGUCGGCACUGGCCUCCUGCACCGCGUGGGCCUGAGGACCUUACCACCAGGACUACCCGCGCAUACGGGCAUAGCAUUGAUCGAUGGCCUACAGUUGUCGCCGUAUCGGCUUGUACUCGUGGGAAUGGCAGUUGGCAGUGCGAUCAAACAUGACAUCUGGAUCUCAGCAUUGUCGGAAGAGCCGAUGAGCAUUCAAAAUGCGUUUAUCAUCGGGGUGUUCAAUCUCGUCAUGAACAGCCUGAACAGCUAUGCCUUCCUCGCGUCCAUCACCUCUGCGUCACAAGAAUCUACAUUUCCGCAGCCAGCACUGCUCGUGGGUAGCGCGCUGUACACGACUGGCAUUUUCACCGAGCUCAUCGCUGAGAUCCAGCGAAAGCGGUUUAAAUCCGACCCUGCGAACAAGGGAAAGCCAUAUACCGGCGGUCUGUGGAGCCUCGCGAGGCACAUCAACUACGGCGCAUACACAUUCUGGCGAGCUGGCUACGCCGCUGCUGCCGGAGGAUGGGUUUGGGGAGCCGUGGUGGGAGCGUUUUUCUUUUCUGACUUUGCGACCCGCGCGGUGCCCAUCUUGAACGAGUACUGUGCGAAGCGCUAUGGUGAAGAUUGGGCGAAGUUCGAGAAGCAGACGAAGUGGAGACUGAUUCCGGGUGUUUACUAAGAAUGACAUCCCUUCUAGAAUGCAUGAAAGCCCAUGCGGCUCUUCUGCAUGCCAGAUUGUUCCUCAUGUAUGCGCGGGAUGCGAAAGUCUAGACUUGUCGGAGAAAACCCAUUCCUUCGUAACAACAAACAUC